UCCCAUCUCAGUCUGUGCCGGAUACAGUGUCUGUGUUGAUAAGGACAGUGCCUUUUUUCUGAACAUGCCGUCAAGAAGGAUAUCUGUGUUUUCGCUCGCGACACUUCUUUUCAUCGUAGGCGUUGUCAAGGCUCAAGAUGACGUAAAAAUCAACAUAAAUGGCGACGAUCAUGUUGCCACUGGACUCAGGUUUUUCCUUCGGUUGUAUGACGACUGUAAUAAAAAGGACGGUUUGUCACCAUGUUUGAAAAUGAAGGCAAUUACAUUUUUUGACCGAGCAAUGAGAACUAUAGAAAUUCCACUGACGGAGUCUCUGGUUCUUGUCAAGAACGGAGUAAGUUCUGCCUCUCUGGACCAACAGCAGACGCCUGUUGGCAGAUCCCUGACUGAGGCAGAGCUUGAGGCUUCCUUACCAAAGAGCAGCUACGAGGCGAGGGAGUUGCAGCUGAACGAGCUGCUUCUGGACAGAGUAGCUAGUUUCUUCAAUUCCUACAAGGUCCAGAUCGCAUUCCCAAAAGUUGAAACUACGGAGUUGAAACGAAAUCUUGAAGAAGGUCGCGGGAAGAUGAAGAAGAUGAUGGGCAUGAUGAUGAUGGGUCUGGCGAUGAAGGCGGCAGCCAUCGUGCCCCUUGCUAUAGGCGGUCUUUUCCUGCUUGCCGGAAAGGCCCUCAUCAUCAGCAAGAUCGCGCUGGUGCUGUCACUCAUCAUUGCUCUCAAGAAACUGCUGUCACAGAAGCAAGGUGGCGGUGGCGGAGGAGGCGGUCACCAACAACACCACCACGGAUGGCAGCCCAGUAGCGGGGGCGGUGGUGGCUGGGACAGACGCUCACUCGACGGCGACGUCGCGGCGCAAAACCUUGCCUACCGCUCACAGCUUCCCUCGCAUCACUGACACCACCCUCACACAAAACUAACUUAAUUUAUUGCUCUAAUUUA